CGGCCCGGCCGUUGGCGGUGGCAGCUCCGGGCCCGGCGGAGGCGGGAAGGGCCGUGAGGGGUCCGGGCAGCCCGUGCUGCCCCCGCAGGUAGCGGCGGCCGCGGGGCAGGGGAGGAUGUGACUCCGCGGGAAGAUGAAGCCGAGCGCUGCUGAGGCCGCCGACAGAGCAGCUCGUCUCCCAGAUGGAAUACAAGCAAAAACAGAAAAGAUAAGAUCUUCUCUCAAGAAUGUGAAAAAAGAUACAGGAAAACCAGAGAAACUUAAAUAUAAGCCACUCACUGGGAAGCUGUUUUACCUCGAUAUCCCAUCCAAUGUGAUCUCUGAAAAAUUAGGAAAGGACCUCAAAGAGCUGGGAGGGAGGGUGGAGAGUUUCCUUAGUAAGGAUAUCAACUAUCUGGUGACUAAUAAAAAGGAGGCCAAAUUUGCACGAAGUCUUGGCGGCCAGAUUUCUCCUGUUCCUAGCCCAGAAUCUGCAGGUGUUGGGGGAAAUGGUUCACCUCAUCCUAGCAACCGAAAAGAUCAACGUGAUGGAAGUUCAUUGAAGUUGGUAGAUACAGUGCGUAUGAGCAGAGGGAAAUCCUUGGUUGAAAAAGCAAUCAAAGAACAGGAUUUAAUCCCCUCUGGUAGUAUACUGUCCAAUGCUUUGAGUUGGGGAGUGAAGAUACUUCAUAUUGAUGAUGUUAAGAAUUGUAUUGAACAAAAGAAAAGGGAGCUCUAUCUAAUCAAAAGAGGAGACAAUUCUUUUAAAGAUGUGGGAAAACAUGUUACUGCUCAAAAGACAAAAAGUAGACUGAAAAAUCCAUUUAUCAGGGUGGAAGAUGCAAGCCGCCAGUACCGACCGUUUUAUCUGCAACUACCCAGUUUUCCGUUUCUGAACUACUGUGUUCCGAAGCCAUAUAGUCCAUUUGAAGUGGAUAAGAAGUAUCCUUCUGGUCAAAAGCAAACUCAGUCUAAGCAAAGAAACAAAAUAAAUAGUGACAAGGACUGUGGAAUGCCUGCUCAGCUUCCUCAGAAGGACAAAAAAAAGAGAGGAUAUUGUGAAUGUUGUGGGAAGAAAUAUGAAGACCUGCAAACACAUCUUGAAAGUGAACGGCACCAAAAUUUUGCACAAAGCACACAAUAUAAAGUUGUUGAUGAUAUAAUCUCCAAGUUAGUUUAUGAGUUUGUUGCAUACAAAGAUGAUACAGCAAAAAUAAUAAGGACAAAAUGCAGCACAGGAUGUUUUUCUCCUAUUAUUGGAAAAAUAACUAGACCAGAUGAGCUGCAAGAACGACUGAAAAAGCAACGCAUUUCUUUGAAGACUUACUCCUGGAAGGAUACGGCAAUUCAGGCACUCAAACUGGAUUGCCAGCCUGCAGAAGUACAACAAAAUUCCUUGCCCACACCUACCCCUGUUCCUGCAUCUGGCUGUUCACUUCUUUAUUGUCACCCAUCACAACCUUCAGAACUAAAAAGUAAGUUCAGAAUUAAUGAUGAAAAUAUUAGAACUGAUUGCUCCUGUGCAGCAAACUUAAGAGAAACUGUUGAAUCAUCAAAUUCCAUACAACCGCCCCUUCAGAAAGACAACAAAGCACACACAGAGAACUUGUCUCGAGCUUACAAGCCAUUCAGCAAGGAAAUACUGCAACAAGAGGCAAAUAGGAAGAAUUUGCAGUGUUUUCAGGAAGGCAUGUGUUCUUUAGGUUCUCAUACUCAAGUUACAGAUUUUGGUGAAAAAGAUAAAAACCUAUCGCAACCAAAACAAGAAUUAAAUAAUGCAGUGGUUCUACCAGCAAAGCGUUUGAAAAAAGAAGAUGCCAAUCCUACGUUUGUCAAGGAACAUCAUGAUUUAUGUGAUAAUCAUCAGCAAAUGCAGCACAAUGUCGUUCUGGAGGCUGAGGUGUCUGAUACUGCCAUGAAUAAAGAAUUUAAUGCAUUGGCUGCCAGCGCUGCCUGCAGUUCACCAUCUGGAAAGCUGCACAGAAAAGUGAAACUUCACUUGGGAAGGAAUAAAAGAGAAACCCGGAAACAGAAUAUGCAGUUAAAUGUAAGGUGUACUGAUGGACUGUCUGUUCCUGAAGAGAAGAGAAGCACUUGUAGCUCACCACUGCAACCCCUAUUGGAAUUAUUUCAGACAAGUGAAAGAAACUCAGAAUUUGUAGGUUUCUCAGAUUACGCCGAAAGCAAAGGUUCAGUGAGCAUAAAUGACAUGUGUGAAGGGCAUAAUACAAAUGUUAUGUGGGCAUUAUUUUCCUCUUCAUCCUCAUCCCCGUUUGUUGGAUUUUAAUGCUGCUUUAUUUAAUGAAUUUUAAAUCAACUUGCCAAUUUAAGAUUCUUUUCAUGAAGACUUUAAUUGCUGUAGUAUAUGUACAGAUUUUUUGGUUUUCAAGUUCUUUAAUGCAAAAAGUUCCGUAUGUGUAAAUAUGAAAAAUAAAACUUAAGUUUGGUUUUA